CACGUGACAACUACGACUAUGACUUUAAUGGUGUCAAAGUUGAAAUUGAUAUUAUAUAUUUUUUUGUAUAAGUGAUAAGUUGAAUAUUGUGUUUUUGAUUUACUGUGGAUGAUAUUGUCGUAAUUCUGUGCGAAGGUUAUUGUGUUCGUAAGAUAAUAAUCUAAUAUGUCGGAAGAGGAGGUGGCGAAGAAACCGAAAGCUGAGGAGAAAUCUAAAGCUAAGUCUACGGCAAAGUCUAAAGCAAAAUCUAAAGCCAAAUCUAAAGCUAAAUCAAGAGCCAAGUCUAAAAAUAAGUCAAGAGCUAAAUCAAAGGCAAAAUCUAGGGCAAAAUCAAAAAAUAAGUCAAGAGCUAAAUCGAGAGCUAAAUCGAAACAAAAGUCAAAAAUGAAAUCUAAGAUGAAGUCAAUGGCAAACAUGAAGAAAAAGAAAGGAAAGGGAAAGAGAACAAUGAUUGGGCCAGAUGGGAAAAAGAUAGAAGCGAAAAUUUUCAAUUUUAUGUCUUUACCAUUCACUGGAUAUUUCCGGGAUGGGUACCGGCGUGUUGACUUAGUAAUAAUUAUAAGAGACGACGGUGUUGGAAAAAAUGAAAAAGUCAAAAUGCUGUACUUUGCACAACUUUGUAAAAUGGGCUUAAUACUUGAACUCGAGCAAGGCCAAAUGGCAGAACACAAUCACCUGCUUUUUAUCAAGGUACAUGCACCUGAUAUUUUCAUUGCAAUUCAUGGCGAAAUGUUCCUGUACUUUAAACUUUUUAAAGAUGUUCGUGUCGAGACUAUGGCUCAGUCUACAAUGGAUCGGAUGCUACCAUUUACAUCUGCCUUAUCUGAUAAAGGAUUCGUUACAUUGAUGAGAGACAAUUAUCCUGGCCCGCCUGGGUAUUCAACACUAGAUAGAAGCCAAAUCGUGUACGAUGUUUUGACAAGCACAAGAUUGGGCGGCAUUUAUGGAUAUAACCCAUUGCAGCGAAUGGUUUCACUUAAUCUUGUUACCGACGCGUUCGCCCUACAUGAUGGUCCUUUUUUCUUGGUGGAAAAUCAAGAAGCUGACAAAAUUAAUGCUCGGCAGAUACUAUUUGAAACUUGGACUGGUCUAUCGAAUAUAAUUAAAUACCAACCUCUUCAUGUUAUACACGAGUACUUGGGAGAUAGGGUUGCCAUAUUCUUUGGCUUUUAUGGAUUUCUGAACAUGUCUACGGCUAUUUUGGCACUCGUUGGUCUUUUAAUAUUUGCUGUGGAUGAAUUACAUAAAAAUGAAAGUGAUAUGACAAAAAUUAUUUGCAAGGCACCCACUUAUACAAAUGUUACAAACAGACCAAAAUACUUAUCAGAGAAUAAAUUUAUCUGCCCCAAUUGCAAAUUUUACGACAUAUGCCCUUACGCAAUGGUAAAUGAUUUCUGCAAAGAAAGUCAAGUAAAUGAUCAUUUGCAUACUAUAGCGAAAACAUUUGUGUACCCGACAAUCGUAUUUUUGUGGUCUUGCUUUAUUCUAAAAUUAUGGAGGAGGCGAGAAAAUGAUUUCUUCUGGCAGUGGGAAAUCGAUAGAGCCUAUAUGGAAGAUGUGCAGAGAAUUCAUGCCAAAGGAUUCCAGUUUCACAAAGAAAUGAGUGUUUUUAUUAGAAUACUUAGAUAUUUGGAACAUAUAGUUCUGCUUGUGUUAUUGAUAAUAUGGUCAGGAUAUAACGCUUUCAUGUUUAUUUAUUGGCGUUACGCAUUGCUGCGAACAUUAAAAAUGCCCAAUAUGGAUGCGGCAAAUCUUUACAAGAAAAACUACUACGUAUUAAUAUUUAUAACAAUAUCGAAUUGUGGAUUAGUGUUUGUACUAGAGAGAAUGCUUGGAAUUAUUAUUUUCUACGUGCCUCAUUGGGAACGUCUGAAGACACCACUGUCAAUGGAUAAAAGUCUAGCCUAUAAACUCACUGCUUACUCCAUAUUCCUUACUUUUAACAUUCCAUUUUUUUUCGCAUUUAUAAAGGGACAAUUCUAUACUUAUCCCAUAGACAUGAGAGUGUGGAGAAAAUAUAGUGGUAUACUGGUGGAGAAAUGUGACCCAAGGUCGUGCAUGGAUGAGGUGCUCAUUGUAAUGGCCACUAUACUUUACAUGAGGGAACUAGUCUUCAAAUUUGUCCCAUACAUGAAAAUCAUUGGCCAUAACAUAGACUACAGCGACCUAGGUGUUCUGAGAAGUGUUCGAACUCCGCACUGGGAAAGAGAAAAGGCUCUAAAGUCAUCUAUGGAGACAGAAAAGUUUAUUACUUUGAAAUAUCGGGACUUAAUGGUGCAGUUGGCGAGUUUCACUCUGUUUGCAAGAAUAUUUCCGCUAGCUCCACUCGUCGUAUUAGUAUCCAAUGCUAUCGAUUUAAGGGUUUCUGCUCGACGCAUCCUUUUAUACAGCAGAAGGCCGAUUUUAAGACGAAACUUAGGCAUUGGUGCCUGGUAUAAUGUGUUGUUUGCUAUAGUUAUAGCUAUAGCGUGGUUUCAAAUAUUUCUUGGCACUAUAACAUCGGAGGCCAUUUUGCAGUUUACAAAGCUUGCAGAAAAAAACGAAUCAGUAGUUGAUCAUCUGAAUUUUGAGCCUUUUGAAAAAUUUCGAAUUUACGCUUAUACACCUGCGUUUGGCCCGAACGCAUCAACUGAUCUUAGCUAUGAACUUGGAUACCUAUCACUUAAAGUUUUCCCCGAGUAUGAUUAUCAAACUCUCGAGAAGGAAAAGGGUGACGACACACCUUUACAUGAGUAUUUGCGUCACAUCGAAAACAAUUAUGGUUUAUAUAAACCGUCAUGUUCUUGCACGACUUACUACCAACAUAAUACAUGGAAAUCGACUAACGAUUAUGAUUUAAUGCCUAGAAGAACUUGCUAUUUUAAAGGCUAUUGGAGACGAUAUACCGGUGUCCUUAAAAAGGGCCGUUAUGUAGGUUUGACGACGGGGAGUAAGCAAUAUUAUACAAGAUUAGCAAGAUUGGGUAGAGGUGCCGCAAAUUUAACAGGAAGAGUCUUAGGUUUUUUCUAUUUGGGGUUUCUGUCACCAUUAAUAACUGUUCCUGUAAAUGCUAUAUUUAUCUGGGAAGAUUUCUACUUCAAUUAUUUUAAAAGAUUCGUGGAUAUUUAUUAUUACCACGGAUAUGCUGAAAACUGGAAAGCUUAUGCACUGGCCUACAAUAAAUGGUUUUAUUCAUGUUUUUCAUUGUUUGUCUGUUUUAUUCUGUUCUGCAUGAUAUUUUUGUGUCUUCCGGAUAGUGACAUGCAAAUAACGGAAUCACAAGCUGUGGAACACCAUGUGAAACAUUAUGCAUCCGGUCAGACAACCGCUGCUGCCGUAGCCGCUACAAAGAAAGAAUAAUGAAAAUAACAUUUCAAAACACUUGUACUUUAACUUUGCUUUAAUAUAAGCUACUAAGCAAUUUCAUAGAUAGCUCUAUUAUUUUAUUACUAAAUGUAAAUUGUGAAUAAAUCUCAAAUAACCUUUA